GUCCAGUGUGGGUCAAUGUGUCUUCAAGGUCCCAUAAAACAACUCCAGAGCGGGCUCAGUAAGCGUUCGGCCACCUUCGCAGCUGCCGGUCCCGUCAGAAUGUUGCGAAUUACGUCGUUAUUCCUGCUCUUUGCCGUCUUCGCGAGGCUGGCCGAAUUGAAGGCGCUCAACCAAGACGCCGACUGGGAUUCCGCUACCACGAUAUACGACUUCCACGCGAACGACAUCGAGGGCGAAGAUGUGCCGCUGGAGAAAUACCGCGGCAAUGCGCUCGUCAUCGUCAACGUCGCCAGCAACUGCGGCUUAACGACCUCGAAUUACAAGCAGCUCCAGCAACUCUACGACAAGUACAUGACGAAAGGCUUGCGGAUCCUCGCGUUCCCGAGCAAUCAAUUCGCCGGUCAGGAGCCGGGCACGAACGAGGAGAUCUUAAACUUCGUGCAACGCGAGUUCAACGUCACCUUCGACAUGUUCGCGAAGAUCGACGUGAACGGGGAGGCUGCCCAUCCGUUGUGGAAGUGGCUGAAGAAGCAGACGGGCGGGGACAAGAUUCCCUGGAACUUCACCAAGUUCGUCGUGGACAGGCAGGGCAAUGUGGUGGAGAGAUUCGUCCCGUCCACCGAGCCGUUGGGCAUGGAAGAAACUUUGAAGAAAUACCUUUGACUCUCUUGAAACACGUUAUCUCCCUCUCGUGCGCGCUUCCUCUCUUUAUACGUAAUAUUCUCAAAAGUAACGUAUCUGUAUCGCCAAUAACUCUGUCUUUCCUCAUUAUAGAGACCGCUAGGUAGACGCGUAUAAAGUUACACAAACCUGGCGAGAGAUUCGUAGAGACUUCCUUUUUGCACCACUUGUAUCAUCAAAUGGCAUAUAAGAAGAUUACAUUGUACUCAAAGAGAGAAAGAAUGCGAAUAAAGUUGUUUUACAGAUAUA